CUCAACUGGCAAGAUGGCGAGGUCUGGAAUAAUAUACGUUCUUCUGCUGCAUGUGGUGCUUAACUCUGGCAAACCCCUGCCAGCAGGUGUCUACGAUCCGGAGGAGGCAGGUGGCUUUGUCGAGGGUGAUAUGAUGCUGACGGAGGAGCAGCAAAGAAAUCUGGAGCAGGGUGCUCCCAAGGCUCGCAAUGGCCUUAUCAACACGGAAAAGAGAUGGCCUGGAAAUGUGGUGGUCUACAGGAUAUCAGAUGACUUUGACACGGCGCACAAGAAGGCCAUCCAAACUGGCAUCGAUACCUUGGAGCUGCACACUUGUUUGAGGUUCAGGGAAGCCACCGACGAGGAUAAGGCCUAUUUGACGGUUACGGCCAAGUCUGGAGGAUGCUACACAGCCGUCGGCUACCAAGGAGCUCCACAGGAAAUGAAUCUGGAAAUAUACCCGCUCGGCGAAGGCUGUUUCCGGCCCGGAACGAUCCUGCAUGAGUUCAUGCAUGCCUUGGGAUUCUAUCACCAACAGAGCUCGUCCAUUCGAGAUGGUUUUAUAAACGUGAUCUACGAAAACAUAGUGCCGGGCAAGGAAUUCAAUUUCCAGAAGUAUGCCGACACAGUCGUGACCGAUUUCGAAGUUGGUUACGACUACGAUAGCUGUCUUCAUUAUCGACCAGGAGCCUUCUCCAUCAACGGCGAGGAUACUAUAGUUCCCCUGAAUUCCAGUGCGGUAAUUGGACAGCGAGUGGGUCUCAGCUCCAAGGACAUUGAUAAGAUCAACAUUAUGUACAAGUGCCCCAUUUUGCUGUGAUCCAAAAUCAGGUAGACUAUGUACCUAGUCAAUUGUGAUAUGUAUAUAUAUUUAUUCAUAUAUCAGCCACCGACUGACGCGAUUAGAUCGGUUUUAUUGAUCUACGCUGUCAUUGUCAUCGCGGUCUGAACUAUUUAUAAAGAAGCGUAAAUUAAAGCCAUACCCCUUUAA